AUGGCACGGGUUGACGGGGUGGACAGGGUCGGGGUUGAACGUUUGCCACGCGCUGUGGUGGAACAGUUGCGCCUCGUUCAUCUCGCACAGCUGGAUGAGCUCUCAGAGCUCAGAACCCGAAUUCGAUCUUCCAGGGAGCUGGUGCGAAAGCAUCAUGAGCUACGGCAGCAACUUACUUUGGCGCGCGAUGAGGAGGCGGGGCUUGCUCGGCAAGCCGCCUCUUGCUUGGACGAAUUGCUGGAGCGUCACCGGGAAGUCAAUCGUCUUCGUUUGGAGCUGGCAGAUGCUGAGAAAGGCUGCAGCAGUGGCGAAGGGCACUUGUCUGUGCUGCGACGCAUUGCCGAAAAGCUCAGCAGUGAUUCAUUGGCGAAGAACGCGAAGGACGCGGAAGUUGUGGAAGUUGUGGAAGAGGAAGCCGAGACCCGCGAUGGCGACUCGCAGCCUGCUGCCUCUGACACGCCUGCGCCGGCUGCCACUGCCCCAUCAGCUCCUGCCUUGCAGCCACCUGACGCCCCAGAAAUGUGGACUCAAGUGGCUAGUGAAGCCAGAAAUUCUUCGGCAGCUUUGCCGGAGAAAUUGAACGCCUCUCAGGAAGCGAGUAGCAAGCCUCUAAGAGAUUCCAAAAGAGAGGCUGCAGAAAAGCAUGGUUGGUCCGAUGAAGAGAACGACUGGAACAGACCUGCUAAAGGCAAUGACAAGAGUAGCGCGAAAGACUCACAGGACAAAAAGGGCAUCAAGGAAUCCAAAGAUGAGAAUGCAGAAGGGAAAGAGAAAAAAGAUGCUAAGGAUGGCAAGCCCAAACCAAGGGACAAGGCGAAAGAGAAAGAAAAGGAGAACGCCAAGGAGAGGGACGAGCCACAGGAGAAAAUGCAAGGAAAAGGAGAAGAAGCCGAAGAGACGAAAGAGACCAGCAAGAGAAAGGAAAAGACAGAGAAAAAGAACGCCAAAGAGGAAUCGCAGUCGCUGCCUGGCAUGAUGCCCCUCACUGCCUCCCCUGGUGCUACGGAGCAGAAAAAAUCGCAUUUGCCAAAACAGAAGGCUGUGGAGGAAGAGCCGCAAGAAGUUGCGGAAGUACUUCCAGCUGCUGUGAAGAAAGGUUCCAAGGUGCAGAAGGAGCCCAGUGUGAAGAUGGAAGCACCUACAGCUGCAGAGGAAGAGCCGCAAGAAGUUGCGGAAGUACUUCCAGCUGCUGCGAAGAAAGGUUCCAAGGUGCAGAAGGAGCCCAGUGUCAAGAUGGAAGCACCUACAGCUGCAGAGGAACAGCCGCAAGAAGUUGCAGAAGUACUUCCAGCUGCUGCGAAGAAGGCUUCCAAGGUGCAGAAGGAGCCCAGUGUCAAGAUGGAAGCAACUACAGCUGCAGAGGAAGAGCCGCAAGAAGCUGCGGAAGUACUUCCAGCUGCUGCGAAGAAAGCUUCCAAGGUGCAGAAGGAGCCCAGUGUGAAGAUGGAAGCACCGGCAGCUGCCGAGGAACAGCCACAGGAAGUUGCGGAAGUACUUCCAGCUGCUGCGAAGAAAGCUUCCAAGGUGCAGAAGGAGCCCAGUGUGAAGAUGGAAGCACCUACAGCUGCAGAGGAACAGCCACAGGAAGUUGCGGAAGUACUUCCAGCUGCUGCGAAGAAAGCUUCCAAGGUGCAGAAGGAGCCCAGUGUGAAGAUGGAAGCACCUACAGCUGCAGAGGAACAGCCGCAAGAAGUUGCGGAAGUACUUCCAGCUGCUGCGAAGAAAGCUUCCAAGGUGCAGAAGGAGCCCAGUGUGAAGAUGGAAGCACCGGCAGCUGCAGAGGAACAGCCGCAAGAAGUUGCGGAAGUACUUCCAGCUGCUGCGAAGAAAGCUUCCAAGGUGCAGAAGGAGCCCAGUGUGAAGAUGGAAGCACCUGCAGCUGCAGAGGAACAGCCAGAAGGAGAAGAACACGAAGAAGAUGAGCCUUCGCCAGCUGCUGCGAAAAAAGGAUCACAGGGGCGGAAGGAUCCAACUGCGGAGGUUGAAGCACCAGAAGAAACUGCAGAGGAACAACCAGAAGACGUGGCUGAGACCUUUCCAGCUGCUGUGAACGAGGCUUUGCAGGAUUUGAUGGCAGACUUUGAAGAACCAGAAGUUGAAGAGGAACAGCCAGAAGAAGAAGAACAAGAAGAAGAUGAGGAGGUUGCUGAGCCCUCGCCAGCUGCUGCGAAAAAAGGAUCACAGGGGCGGAAGGAUCCAACUGCGGAGGUUGAAGCACCAGAAGAAACUGCAGAGGAACAACCAGAAGACGUGGCUGAGACCUUUCCAGCUGCUGUGAACGAGGCUUUGCAGGAUUUGAUGGCAGACUUUGAAGAACCAGAAGUUGAAGAGGAACAGCCAGAAGAAGAAGAACAAGAAGAAGAUGAGGAGGUUGCUGAGCCCUCGCCAGCUGCUGCGAAAAAAGGAUCACAGGGACAGAAGGAGUCAACUGCAGAGCUUGAAGCACCAGAAGCUGCAGAGGAAGAAGAACCGCAAGAAGACGAAGAGGUUGCCGAGACUUCCCCUGCUCCUGUGAAAAAAGAUAAAAGAGGAUCACAGAAAUCACAGGGGCAGAAGGAUUCAACUGCAGAGCUUGAAGCACCAGAAGCUGCAGAGGAAGAAGAACCGCAAGAAGACGAAGAGGUUGCCGAGACUUCCCCUGCUCCUGUGAAAAAAAAUAAAAGAGGAUCACAGAAAUCACAGGGGCAGAAGGAUUCAACUGCAGAGCUUGAAGCACCAGAAGCUGCAGAGGAAGAAGAACCGCAAGAAGACGAAGAGGUUGCCGAGACUUCCCCUGCUCCUGUGAAAAAAGAUAAAAGAGGAUCACAGAAAUCACAGGGGCAGAAGGAUUCAACUGCAGAGCUUGAAGCACCAGAAGCUGCAGAGGAAGAAGAACCGCAAGAAGACGAAGAGGUUGCCGAGACUUCCCCUGCUCCUGUGAAAAAAAAUAAAAGAGGAUCACAGAAAUCACAGGAGCCGCCAGUGGACGAUGUUGCGGAGAGUGUCCAGGGUGUGGAAGAGGCACUGAUGGAAGAUGAGGACGUGGAAGAGGAGCCGGAAGAGGAGGUCGAGAUUUUUGAUUGCGAAGCUGGAGAGGAUGUCAAAGAACUUGGUUUGAUGCCGACCGCCUUUGCCCCAGAUCCUGUUGAAAUUGCAUCUGUGACAGAUGGCUCAUGGGCAGCUACCAUGGGAGUUCAGCAAGGAGACAUUUUGCUCAAAAUCAAUGGGACACUGGUGGAAGCGAUGGAUAAAAAGGAGAUGAAGCGGGCAAUGAGGGAACGCCCUCUGAGACUGACAAUUUCGCGGCAAACCUUAGGAACACUAGAGGAAUCCAUGGAGGACUUGGAGACAUUCGAAUGCACUGCACCAGAGGGUAUUCAAGAUCUUGGCUUAUAUCCCUCCGCAUUUCCGCCAGAUGCCAUGAUCAUCACGACUGUGACAGCUGGGUCUUGGGCAGCUCAGCAGGGCAUCGAAGUUGGGGAUGAGCUGAUUGAGAUUGGGCAGCGCCAAGUGCAGGAUAUGGCAGCUAAAGAGACAAAGCGUGCGAUGCGUGAUCGGCCUUUGCAUCUCGUUUUUCAACGGGUCCUUCAGGAGACACCAUCCUCACCUGCCGCACCUGCUACGCCUGCUGCCCCUGCUCCAUCCGCGUCUGCCUCAGUACCAGCCUCAUCCACAGCAAAGCAAAGAAAAUCGCAGAAGCCACCUGCUGACGCUCCAGACCAGCUUACUCAAGCGGUGACUCAAGCGGCUAAUGAAGCCAGAAAGUCUUUGGCUGCAAUUCUGCCGGAGGGAUUGAACCCACUAGCUCAGGAAGCGAAAGGCAAGUCCCCAAGAGGCUCUCAACAAGAGGCUGCAGAAGAGGAUGGCUGGGACGAUGAUGAUGACGAUGAUUGGGGCAAACCCUCCAAACCUAAUGACAAGAAGAGUGCCAAAGAGUCAAAGGACAAGAAAAGCGCUAAAGAAUCCAAAGAUAAGAAGGCAGAAGGAAAAGACAAAAAGGAUGCCAAGGAUGGCAAGGCAAAGCAAAGUGAGAAGACAAAAGAGAAGGAAAAGGAGAAAACUGAGAAAACCAAGGAGAAAGAUAAACCAAAAGAGAAAGCAAAAGAAAAAGAAACCAAAGAUCCGAAGGAAAAGGCAGAAAAGGAAAAGGUCAAAGAGGAACCGCCGCCCCUCACCGCUUUUGCUGGUGCAAUGGACACCCGCUUGGGUUUCAAAGUUGAUUGGCCACCAAAUCCGUGCUACGUCACAAAGGUUGAAGGAGGUAGCUGGGCAGAAAUGAGUCAGGUUGAGGUUGGUCUCCGUUUAGACAAAGCCGGUGGCAAAGAUGUUGCCAAGAUGAGCAAGGAGAAGCUGAAAAAGCUGCUUGAUGAGACCAGGCCAUUGCAGCUGGCAUUCGUCAAAGACAAGAAAAAGAAGAAGCCGCCCAAGCCUGAGCAAAACGAUGGGGUUUUUGGCAUGUUUGGCUGAGCGCUGCCGUGUGCACCAAGUGUCUCAAAGGGCCUGACAUGGCCUGACCCAGAAUGACCCCUCCCUUGGCUGAAAGUCCAGCCAACCAUUGCCAACCAGAUCCAACCAGUCUCGUGACCCAUGCCGACUCAUGACAUAUGGUCGUGCUUGUACAAAGUUGUUUCACCAUGUUUCACCCUCGUGCCUUAGGGCCUUGGG